AUCUUAAUAUUGUUCAUUUCAGAACCACAGAAGUUUGGAACGCUUGUCAUCAUCAUGGCUGAAGGUGGCGAUUGGGGAGGAGAUGCAGUGACAUCUACAUCAAGUCAACAGAAAGGUGGGAAAUUAACUCAAGUGGGCAAGGUCCUCAAAAGACUUUGGCCAGGCACCAAAUCAAAGAAAGAUGGCCAGAACACAGGAACAACGACAGAAAAGCAAAGUCGGAUUGAGAGCAGAACCUCAAUGGAAUGUGAAGCCGCCGAAGAGGAAAGGGAACAAUGUAAGUCCCGAGAGAGAGGAAUAGGAGACGUGGUUCACGGCCCUGGAACUGACCCAAGUGGGGAAAUCCAUCAUGACCGAGCUUCACCUAACAAGGAAUCAUCGAGUCUCAUCCAAGGGGCAGAGCAGCAGAAUACCGUAAUACCUAUCCACACCAUGGCUGAAGUUGGAAACAAGACUGCGGCUCCAGUGACCUCAACAACAAGGACGGACACAGAUAUUAUCCUCGCAUUCUCUGAGCUCCUGACACAGUGGAGCGACUACCAAUUGUUCCAGCUGACAAAAUUCUAUCGGGAGAGACUGAAACAGGCGAUUGAAGAAAAGGUUGAAAGUCUCGGCUUCAUGAUGAGACGGCAGAGAUAUUUCAGUGAACAAGAACACGGAGUAAGUGGAAGGAUCACGGUGACUUAUGUUUCCUGUCACAGAACUGAUGGCAUUGGGGCAAGAGUGACUAAUGUCAGUCUCACUCACCUCGCACUGCAUGGGUUGAACAAUGUAAUGGAGACACUGAUCUCUGAUCAGAUUGCCUCCUGUAGACCUGGUAGCAGGAAAAAAAACCUGGGAGCUGGGGAAUAAAACCUGUGACCUUUCUGAGAAUUGUCCAUUCUGAUCCAGCUGUUCUUCCUACAC